ACCAACCGAACGCACCACCUCCUCCUCCUUUCUUAUUACUCCCGCGGCCGACUCCCCAGCCCUGCUCCAGUUUGGUCCAAUCCAACCAAGCAGAGGCUGCAGCCUGCGGAGAAGAGGAGAAAGAAACAGAGUUUCAGUUUCCGACAUGCCGCGGCUGCUGCCUGGAACUGGAAGGGCCUCCUCCUUGUCCUCUUCUUUGCUACUGCUCCUGCUGCUCGGUGCCGCGAUGGCGGCGGCGCCGGAGGCGGCGGCGGUGAUGCCCAUGGAGGCCUACUUCUCGCCGGCGGAGCUCGUUCGCAUUGCGGGGUACGGCGAAGAGCUGGUGUCGACGGUGAUCGUGUCCGGGAAGGUCGUCUGCAAGCUCUCCCUCCGCCCACCCGGCUCCGACCUCCUCAGCAUCGAGCUGCCAGGAGCUACAGUAGGAGUGGCCUGUGAAACUGGAGGUAUAAAGACGAUGGCUAACUCUGUAUUCACAGUAACUGAUGAGAAUGGCAACUUCACCAUAGAACUCCCUUCUCGGCUCCAUGCCACACCAAACCUGGAGAAGGCUUGCUCUGUCAAGGUGCUCCAGCUCCCGCUAGACUGUGCGUGUUGGCCUCGCCGUAGUCCUAGUUACUACCAUGGCAUCCAGUUAUCAUCAUCAGAGGAUGGCAUCCGCUCCUACACGACAGGGGUGAUACGGCUGCAGCAUCAUGAUACAAAGUCAGACAUGUCCAUGCACCAUGUUGGUACAGAAUAGAAUUGAUGAUAGACAAACAAUUGUUGAUGUAAAGUAGUUCGAUUCUUGGUUGAGUUCCAUUUUCUUUAAAUUUUCAAGAAGCGUAGUUGGGUAGAUCGAAUAGAUGCCUUUUUCCAUAUAUUUUCUUCCUAUCCCUACUUCAUUUCUUGUAAUUAUGACCUCCCUUUAUAAUAUACAACCAGAUGUCUGGGCUC